AUGCGAAACGAGGAAGGGGAAAAACUGUUCACAGAAAGUGAAUUUCUGACUGAACAGCAAAUUCAGCCAUACUUUUCAAGACGAGCCUCUAAACUCCAGCAUUCUCAUUCAGACGAUCCAGAAUCUGAUCAAGACGAGGAUAUUAUGGCCACUGAAGAGGAAAUUGCGCAUGAAAAUGUUUGUGCAGUUGUGUUAAAGGAGGUGGGAAUAAGGCACCCAAUUGUUUUCAACACUUUCAACUUAUGUGACAUGCAAAAGGCAGGUAAACUGCGACUCCUAAGUGUUUCCAUGCUGCGAUCCAUUUGCGAACAUUUUGACAUUGAGGUGAUGAACAUCAAAGGACGAUGCAAAGCUCCUUACUUGUCUCUACUUGGGGAACUUCUUGUUGCAUGCAGUUGUCAUAACAGUUAG